ACGUCGUGUUUUUGUUUCCGUUGCAAAAAAUCUCUAAAUCGGAUUAUUUCUGCGCGUGUCCGUGAAGGAAUUGAUGUUGGAAUCGGUUCCGGUAGAUUGUGAGAAGGUUUGCUGAAUAAGUUGGGAUUAGAUUUGGCAGCGAUGUUCUCGUCAUUUCAAAUUGUUUGGACACAAUAAUCGUCAAGUGCAUCGAUUACAGGUAGUUGGGGAUCAAACUGGAUGAAAAUCCGGCCAGUUUUGGCAGGCGCUGGGGAUCACACUGCAGACGCACCGGAUGGACGUGGUGGAGUCUUCGCUUAUGAAGGAGUACGUAAUUACCCGGAUGUUGGCGUAUAUUUUUCAGUCAUCUUGAGCCUCAUCCAGAACAGUUUCAUCCACAACACGGUGCUGUGCUGCUUGGUUUGCCUGUACAGCAGUCUGGGCGUUCCUGAUCGCGGUGUCUGAUCGCGUCUUAUCUUCCUAGAAGACCCGCUGGCCGUCGCCGAACUACUCGACAGUCAAGGGUGGUGUGUACCAGGUAGCGUUCGAUCUGUCCGAAACGGCAACCCACCAGUUUCUGCCCAUGGAGGUUCAGCAGCAGCAGCAGCCGACUGCGACUGAGGUCGCGCCAGUCGUCCCCACCCAGCGAUCUGCAGGUCGACCAAAGGAAGACCCGAACGCCCCCAAGGCCAAGUACAAGAAGGACAAAGCAGCUGCGGUGGCAGUAGCUACACUACAAACCUUUGCCGCCGCGGCAGCCACUUUUUCGUAGCAGCAGGCCCUGCUUACGUUUGCCGCAGGUCAGCAGCAGUUCACGUUCAUGCCCGGCCCAAGUACCACGAGCGGGAUAUCCGGACACAGAUGUCCAUGCUGUACAAUUUCCUAUCUCGCGGGUUCGACGCCGAGGACGGUCAGUACAUCCGCCAAAGCUAUGAACAUCAAACAGCACUCGACCUGGUCAGUGCGAACGCAAAGCUUCUGCAAGAUAUACCCGCGGGAAAAGGCCACAUACCUCCAUCUGUGCGGUACGGCAGCCGAAAACCACCUGAAGAACAUCGAAACGGCCAAGGCCGUCACCAAGAUGCAGGGUCUUCCGCGAGAAGCCCAAUCGAACUAGCGCCAGCACCGAGUCCGAUCUGCUCAAGUUCCGCAAAAACCAGCUCAAGUUUGCCAAAUCGGCAAUCCACGACUAUUUACGAUGGAAUCGAUCGCUGCCGACGAGAUGGUCAUCGAGUAGGUGAGCCAGGUGGUGCGCCCGUCGGUGACGGAUCUGCGCGAGAUCAAGUACGAAGCGAUCGGCAUCAGCAGCACGUACCUGUUCCGGAUCGACAUGGAGACCAUCAUCGACGCGUCCAACUAUGGCAACCUGGCCCGGUUCAUCAACCACAGUUGCAAUCCCAACUGCUACACCAAGGUCAUCACGAUCGAGUUGGAGAAGAAGAUUGUGAUCUACUCGUAGCAGCCGAUCGGCGUCAACAAGGAGAUCACGUACGACUACAAGGUCCCGCUCGAGGACGAGAAGAUUUCAUUUUAUUGAGAGCAAUUCUAGUUAAAUACAGUUAUUUUUCAGUAAGAUUACAAAUAUAAUGUGUUACCUAGCAUUACA